AUGGGACUAACACGAGCCGGUCCAAAUUUACUGAAAUCUCCAGUGCUCAGAGUCGGGUUUUCAAAAAUUGCGUGUGUACGCUAUAAUUCGAAUUAUUGCAAACCACUGGAGAAAUAUGAACAGCUGGUGAAAUCAAGAAGGCUUAAUGACGAUCCGCUGCAGAGGUCAGUCAUUUUGUCGCUAAGCAAGCUUUACGAAUCGCUUGUAGAGUAUAAACCACCGCAAGUACGAGACCCCAAUCCACUGAGCCAAAUUGGAUGGAGAGCCAGCAUUCUAGGCAAAAUGCUGCUGCCCAAGUACUCCACUGAGGGCAUCCCAAAGGGAAUAUAUCUGUAUGGCGAUGUGGGGUGUGGCAAAACAAUGCUUAUGGAUCUUUUCUACUCGACAGUUCCGCCUCAUCUCACUAAACGAAGAAUGCAUUUCCACCAGUUCAUGCAAUACGUGCAUAAGCGGUCGCACGAACUGGUAAAAGAGCUGAACCUCGACGCUCUGGGAGGCGCCAAACACAAGGAGAUUGAUUCAAUCCCGUUUCUGGCCACAGAAAUUGCACGCCAGUCGAGAGUGUUGUGUUUUGAUGAGUUCCAGGUUACAGACGUGGCAGAUGCCAUGGUUCUUAGAAGACUCAUGACAGCGUUGCUGUCCAAAAAAUACGGUGUGGUUCUUUUUGCCACCAGCAAUAGAAAACCAGAUGACCUGUAUAUCAACGGCAUUCAGCGCGAGUCGUUCAUUCCAUGCAUCGAGCUGCUAAAGCAGAGGACGCAGGUGGUCGAGCUGGACUCCAAGACCGACUACCGCAAAGUGAGCCGCCCACUUUCUUCGGUGUAUUAUUUCCCAUCCGAGGAACUGCAGUACCGGUCGCCGGAGUGUACAAUGGCAAGAAAGCAGCACGUUGAACAGUGGUACGAUUAUUUUUCACAAUUGGAGACGAGUGGCCAAGGCAACGAGCAUCAUGAGUCUCACAUCGACUUCAAGCUCAAAGUUUGGGGCAGAGAGCUAAACGUACCCCGCUGUACCCCAGAAAGGGUUGCGCAGUUCACCUUCAAAGAGCUCUGUGGGAACCCACUUGCUGCUGGGGACUACUUGGCGCUUUCCGGCGCCUUCAAAAGCUUCGUGAUCACCGAUAUUCCUUUUCUGUCAAUCCAUGUCCGCGAUGAAGUACGGCGUUUCAUCACUUUUCUCGAUGCCGUCUACGACAACGGUGGGAAACUCGCCACCACCGCAGCUGCUCCUUUUCAAAAGCUCUUUGUUGAGCCGGAAGCCAUUCUGAACGACUACACCUUGCGUCCCGUGAGUACGGAGAAAGAGGGAAAAGCGCUGGACUCCAAUAUCUUUACGCUGGACGAAGAGCGCUUCGCCUUUGCUAGAGCUUUGAGUAGACUGACUCAGAUGAGUUCUUUGGAUUGGGUUGAGAAGUAA